GAGAGAGUCAGCCUAGUACAGAAGUCGAUUUGUUCAUUUCUACAGAGAAGAUUAUGGUACUCAAUACAGAUUUAAAAGAAAUAAUGAUGGACCACGCUUUGAGAACUAUUUCCUACAUAGCAGAUAUUGGUGACCUAGUGGUAUUAAUGGCAAGAAGGCGGUUUGUGCCUCAUGAAAUGGAGGACGCUCCAAAGAUAAACCGGACUCCAAAGAUGAUUUGCCAUGUUUUCGAAAGUGAAGAGGCUCAAUUUAUUGCUCAGUCCAUUGGACAAGCAUUUCAGGUAGCUUAUAUGGAAUUUUUAAAGGCGAACGGAAUUGAAGAUCAUAGUUUUGUUAAAGAAAUGGAUUACCAAGAAGUUUUGAAUUCACAAGAAAUUUUUGGUGAUGAGUUACAGAUGUUCGCCAAAAAAGAAAUGCAAAAAGAGGUUGUGGUACCGAAAGCAAAAGGCGAAAUUUUAGGUGUAGUUAUCGUUGAAUCUGGAUGGGGAUCGAUGUUACCAACGGUGGUAAUAGCAAACUUGGCUCCUGCUGGUGCUGCUGCACGAUGUGGUCAGUUAAAUAUUGGCGAUCAAAUCAUAGCGAUAAAUGGGGUCAGCUUGGUAGGACUUCCAUUAUCCACAUGCCAAACGUACAUCAAAAAUUCCAAAAAUCAAACUGUAGUUAAGCUAACUGUAGUACCUUGUGCACCUGUUGUUGAAGUAAAAAUUAAGCGACCAGAUACUAAAUAUCAACUUGGCUUCAGUGUACAAAACGGAGUGAUUUGCAGUUUACUUCGAGGAGGAAUAGCAGAACGGGGAGGAGUAAGGGUGGGGCACAGGAUAAUUGAAAUCAAUAAUCAGAGUGUUGUGGCUGUACCUCAUGAAAAAAUUGUAAAUUUGUUGGCCACUUCAGUAGGCGAAAUUGGUAUCUCCAUAGCGAUUUUCUAG